AUGUAAACUCAUCAGUUACCAUCUUGUGUUAGUCCAAGAAAUUUCACAAAUUACAUCUCUAAUGGAACUGGUUUUAUAAUAUAAUGAUAAUUUCUUAGGAAGAGACUAUUAUGUUGUUUAUUAUAAUGGAGGUUUGGCAAAAAAUACUCAAGUUCAUGAGGAAGGAUGUUAUGAUAGAAGAAGGUUUUUAAGUGGUGAAUAUUAGAGUAAAGGAUUGCCAUCACUAUCUCCAAAAUUUUAACAUUAUUAAGGAGAUGGAACUGGAAGAGAUUUUUACAUAAAGUACUUGUUAUUUAAGAAGUUAAGAAUUAAUGAAGGAGGGUAGUUUUCUAGUUUGAAGAAGCAUAAUCAUUUGGCAAAUUUGAGAUCUUAUGAUAAAAUUCCAUAAGAAUUUAGAUCGAAUGAUUUUCUUAGGGCACCUUAAAUGUCUGUCAAAGAGAAAUUAAAAAUGAGAUAGUUAUCACAGUAGAUUGAAAUUAAAUUAAAAAUAGGAAACAGAAAGAGGUUUUAGAGAGACUAUGUUCACCAAAGAAUAAACCAAAUUGAU